CAUUCGUUUUAGCUUUCUUGGGUGAUUUUAUAAGUCGUUCAACUUAUUUAAAUUUCAUGAGGGAAAAUUCAAUGACAUAUCCUGCAGAUUUACAAAAUUAUGUUGUUAGAUUACAAAGUAUUACUGAUGACCAAAGUUUAAUAGCUGCUUUAGAAACUAGAAGUUUCCCAUUCAAUGAUUUUGUUACAAUGUUUACCAAAUUUGAUUGGGCUUCAAGUUUCAUGAGUGAACAAGGUGUUUCAUCAUUUUAUGUUCCUCAAGAUUUCUUAACUGCUAACGGUGCUGAUGCUUCAGUUACUCAAUCAGGUUCUCAAAGUAGUGGAUCACCAUCAUCAAGUGGUUCUUUCGCUUCCAGUACUGGCUCUUCCUCAUCAGGUUCUUCAGGAUCAAUAACUUCUGCAGCAAGUUCUUCAAGAUCUGGUUCUUCUUCAGCUACAAGCUCCCAAAGCUCAAGUUCUACAAGAUCCUCGGCUUCAAAUGGUGUUGAUUCUUUAUACAUUCCAAUCAUCUCAUUACCUGUUAUGUUUGUUUCCUUGUUUUUGCUAUAAUGGGGUGCUUUCUCAUCUCUUUGAUCAGCAGAUAAUAAUUAUGUUAAAUUAUUGCGUUUGUUUAACGAAUGUAGACAAGUUUCCACUCUUUCAACCUAUAGAUUGUUAGUUUUCAAAAACAGUACUAAGUUAAUGAGGUAAUACCCACAAAGUUAAUAAAGUUUAUAUCUCGAAGUUUUUCAUUAAGCAUUUUCUUCAAAUCUUC